AUGGGUUCAGAUCACGAAGAAAAGCGCCAUAAGAAGUCGAAGCGCAAGCAUCGGCACGAGGAGGCUGGCGACAAGAUGGACGUGGACGAGGCGCCAGCAGCCACGGAGACACCCAAGAAGGAGAAAAAGAAGCACAAGGACAAGAAGAGGAAGGAGAGAACAGAAGUGGCAGAAGUUGACGACGUCGAAGCCGAACCAAUUGCAUCGCCUGAAAAGAAGCACAAAAAACACAAGAGUACAGACAAGAAAGAAAAGAAGAGCAAACACCAUAAAUCCAUAACCCUGCCCGAGAAACCAGCAAAGCAAGCAGACCCAACAGAAACACACCAAGCCGUCGUACCGGACGAGAAGGAGUACCCCUUCUUCACACAAACAUUCUCCCAGCGCAUCCCGAUCUGGCCGGCCGCCUUCGACGAGCCCCUCACCAAGACGGCCCGCGAGUACCUCGACCCGAUGCUGAACCGCUACUCGCCCAAGUUCAAGGGCGUGCUGCUGGCCUACAAGAACGUGAACCUGUCGGAUCGGCCGCGGCGCGCGGACCCGGCGGACCCGCCGACGGACGACACGCCGGUGGUGUUGGAGUCGGUUGAGUGCUACGCGCCGCCGUUCGCCUGGCUGACGGCCGACCUGCACCUGUUCAUCCCGUCGCGGGGCGCCUGGAUGGAGGGCGUCAUAAACCUGCAGAGCGAGGGCCACAUCGGCGUGGUGUGCUUCGAGAAGUUCAAUGCCAGCAUAUCACGGCGGAGCUUGCCAAAGGGGUGGACAUGGGUGGACCAGCCGGAUGAGGAGGAGGAGGUCGAGCCAGUCGCCGAGGAAGACCCCUUCGUCGAGGGCCAGGAGGGUGGCGAGGGCAAUGAGGGCAAGAAGGCCGAGGAGAUGCCCCAGCUGCGGAGCUCGGGAUACUGGCUGGACCACAAGGGCGACAAGGUCACGGGCAAGGUGUACUUCCGCAUCAAGAACUUCUCCAGUGGAUCUACGGGCGACUACACAUACCUGAGCCUGCAGGGCACGAUGCUCGAUGACGAGGCCGAGAGGGAAUCUGUUGCGGAGGAGAAGGCGAUUGAGAAGGCAAGGCGUGCGAGGCAGAGUCCUGGGGCGCUUCUGUACCCCACCAUGAGGUUGCCGGAAUUCAGCAUGACGAAACUCAAGGACGUCUCAAUAUGA